UAUAAUCGACUUUGAAUCUGAUUCUCAAUCCAAAUUUUUUACAUGGGUUUCUGAACUGUAUUGUCUACACAAAAAACACAUAGCAAACAACUAGGAAUGCAUUUUUUUAGACACAUACUAUCUUAGUCAAAAAUUUUUUAAUCUCUCCCCAAAAAAAAACAAUUCAAAGGACUACGUCCCUCCUCUGCCUUCAGUGGUGACUUACGCCCCUGUACGUAACUAAUGCAGAACUUAAAAAUUGAAUAUCUCUGUCCAGGUAAGCCAUCAGUAGCUCAUAUUUUAAAUUUAUUAGUUUCUCAGUGAGUGUGAUCAUUUGUACCCCACAUGAUCGUCCCCGCUACUUAUCAGUACAAACAGUUCUAUUGUAAGAUGUGAAACUCACACAUCUUUUUUUUUCUUCAUUAUAUUGGAUACUGUGAAAGUAAAAAUUCCUUGUUUAGCUAUUUUCUAACGGGCACUAUUUCUCGUUUUCAUUCUUGCUUUUAGCUCGUCAUUUAUUCAUUUUUCUUUAUGUAACAUUUUUGUUAUAUUAAAUAUUGAAUUAAAGGACAAAUAAAGAUGAGAUAUAUCACCAUUAUAUUAAUACUAAUUGUUAAGAUCUGUAGUGGAAGAAGAAGAGUACCGCAAAAGCUUGAUCUUAAAAGUUUCAUGCAUCACUUUCCUCGAAAAUAUAUGUGAAUUUAACAAAACUAAAUACUUCUAGACCUUCUGCCUAGAGUUGUAAGCAAUUUACUAGGAUUAAAGUCUCUAGCAUGACAUAUACCAAAUAUUCAAACUAUGCCAUUUUGACCUAGGAUUUCAUCCAUUAAUAUGUCUAUUUUUAAGGAAAGUUAUCUGAAAAUUUCAGCUCAAUAUAAUAUUGGAUUCGUGAGAUAUUUAAUAAUUCUACAGAAAAUUGAACAUAAUAAAUAUUCUAUAAUCAUGUCUUUUUUACCUCGAUUUAAAAAGUCGUAACAAUUGUAAGGAGAUCAUGCUCAGAAUAUAAGAAAAUUAUGAAGUCAACAUGUUAUAAUACGAGUAUGUGUGCUUCGCUUAAUUCAACAUUAAAAAUGUCUCUUUUGUCUUGAAAAAUGUCCUGCAAAAUAGAGCAUAAUUGAAAAGUUCAUCAUGUGCUUUUCUCUGGUUCGAUUCCAGUCUCGAAAAGUCGAUAUUAAGAACUAUUUUCCUCAAUAUGAAAAGUGAGCAUAGAUAUAUUUAUACGCGAAAGGUAUUUUCUCACUAUUAUUUCAUCAAUAAAGUUCCUUAAUUAUACUUUGCAUAUAUAGUUGUACAUGUGUCAUUUAGUAAGUAAGUUAUUAUUACUGUUUGUAUUAUUUGUAUAUGAAGCAGAAAGCACUUAAUAGUAACUUCUUUGUACCUCCACUUUUAAUUAUCAAUACUGACCUAUUCUAUCGUGAUCCCGUCUUCUCUGUCGAUCAUCCGGACUAUCACUAAUAGAUGGUUUAUUAACUAUCUGUAGUGAUAUUCAUGGACAAUUUUAUGAUUUAGUGAAGUAAAUAAAUAUUAUUUUCGAUUAUAAUAAUUGAAUGUUUAUUUUUCUUGUGGUAGAUUAUUUGAAAUUGGUGGUUCUCCAUCUCAUAUUCGUUAUUUAUUUCUUGAUGAUUAUGUUAUAUUUGUUUUUUUUUGUUUAUUUAGUGCACUUUAUUUAUGGUCAUUGAAAAUUCAUUUUCCUCAAACAUUCUUUUUACUUAGAGGAAAUCACGAAUGUCGACAUUUAACGGAUCAUUUUGCCUUCAAAUAG